UCUACAGUCUCUCAUAUCUCUCUCUCUCUCCACUAUUUUUUCUCCACUUGCUCACAUUUCCCGGCGGCUAACCCGGCAAAUCCGGCGACACAAACCUGAAUUUCAAUAAAAUAUGAUUCGAAUAGAAUGACUAGUCAUCUUCGGAGGUCGCUAUCGCCAUGUCAGACUGCUUCUCCGACCUCCUCUGCGCCGAGUCCUCCACUAGUAUUAUCUCCCCCGGCGGCAGAGAUUACUCAUCGGAUCUCGAUUAUCGGCCGCCGGACGCCGUGGAGUCCAUCGCCGGACUGUUGGAAGACGAGAUGGAUUUAGCCGGACUCAGUAGCUCCCACGCCGUCGAUCAGGCUAUCGAUGCGUCGAUUAGAUCGGAGUUUAUCGCAUGGAUUCUCAAGGUGCAUCGAUAUUACGGUUUUCAGCCGUUAACGGCGUAUCUCUCCGUCAACUAUUUUGAUCGAUUCGUUUGCUGCCAUCACUCGCCGAAAAUGAGUGGAUGGCCACUGCAACUACUAUCAGUUGCAUGUUUGUCUUUAGCUGCAAAAAUGGAGGAACGUCUAGUUCCUUCCCUUUUGGAUCUUCAGGUUGAAGACGCAAAAUAUAUUUUUGAACCAAGAACUGUUCAAAGAAUGGAGCUUCUUGUUCUAAGAGUCUUGGAUUGGAGACUUGGAUCAUCCAUCUCCCCAUUUUGUUACCUCUCCUUUUUCGCGCACAAGAUUGAUCCAUCUGGAAUUUAUACUGACUUCCUCACUACAAGGGCCAAAGAAAUCAUCUUCUCAACAAUUCAAGAUACCAGCUUGCUUGAGUGUAGGCCAUCUUGCAUUGCUGCUACAGCAAUUCUGUGUGCAGCAAAUGAUUUGCCGAAAUUCUCUCUCAUCACUGCUCACCAAGCUCAGUCAUGGUGUGAUGGACUCAACAAAGAUGAAAUUAUGAUGAUUCGGUUGAAAAUGAAGGCAAAGAAGCCGCCAAAGAUAUUCCCAGAGAUUCCAGUGACAUACAGAGCAAGCACUGAUUCAUUGUCUUCUUCAUCUUCAUCUUCAUCUUUUAAGAGAAACAGUGGUGGGAUGGAUGAAAAUGAAGGGACUCGGGUUAAAUAUGAGCAUGAGUUGCAUAAUUAAAGGAAAAAAAAAGAGAGUGGGUUCUAGAAUAAUAAUAAUAUAUCCUUAAUAUUUAUUAAAAAAGUUUGAAUAGUCUUGUGAGAUUUAAUUAGAGACAAAGUUUGCAGGAUUUCCAGUUUAUGAAACUGUUUUAGUACUAUAGUGGGGACUGGGGUAUGAAUGAAUUGAAUUCAAUUGUGGCAUUCAUUACUGAAUUAAUAGAGAUUGGUGGGACCAAAAAUGGCUGUGAAAAAUCAAUCGAGAGAGCAGAAUUUGAGUGAGGCUGCAGCUAUUUAGUGUGAGCCGAGGCUCCAUUAAUUCAUGAAUAUUUAUUCAUUUUCCAUGUUUUUUUAGUGAUGAGUAUGCAGCGUGUACGUGUGGGAAUUGUCAUUUUUUUUUAUAUUUGUAUAUAUUUGGAUUUUCUUCCUAUGAUUAAUAUUUGUUUCACAA